AUUAAUCUCCCCAAACAAUGAUUGCGCCAAAUGUACACACUGCCAGAGAGGCGAGCACCGUGGAACUUCCAGAGAAAAACCCUCUAUUUCUGAUUUAGACAACUUAAAGAAAACCCCAAGACUUUUGUUUUCCUUGUCAAACUAGUGGUUACGGACAUUUGCGAUAAAUGUACCAGUUCUUUCGUCGACAUGUCACAUUGCUUACACCGACGGCGGUGAGCAAGACUUUGCCCUCCCUGUGUUGAAUGAUGCAGAAUAACCCGACUCCGGAUUCUCAGGAACACAAAUAUACCUGAGAAGCGGCGGUGCAAACCGCCAUCAUGGCCAAAGCGAAUCGUUUGGGCUUCUCGGCUAGGAGUGUGACGGCGCCCGUCCCCGAGUCGGAUACGGAUUCGGAUUCCGAACCCGAAGAGGAACUAGAGAUUCACGUCGGGGCCGCCCAUCUCCCCACCAAGCAGGUGAUUCAUAGCGGGCAUUUUAUGGUGUCCGCGCCGCACUGUGAUUCAGGAUCCAGGCGAAAAAGGCGAAGUGACAGCACAACGUUGGUGUGCCACGAGGGAGCGAAGAGCGACGCCGGGCUGACCACUGACCCGACCUUGACCCGGCUGUUCGAGUGCAUGACCCUCGUAUACAGUGGAAAAAUAGUUUCUCCCAAGUGGAAGUCCUUCAAAGGCCUUUGUCUGCUUUGGAGAGAUAAAAUUCGCCUGAACAAUGGGAUCUGGAGAGCCUGGUACAUUCAGUAUGUGGAGAAGCGGAAGAGUCCUAUGUGUGGAUUUGUGACUCCGCUGGAAGGCUCAGAAGCUGACACUCACCGCAAGCCUGAGGCUAUAGUUUUGGAAGGAAACUACUGGAAAAGGAGAAUUGAAGUGGUAAUCAAGGAAUAUCAUAAAUGGAGAAUUUAUCACAAGAAAAGGCUCCAGAAGAACAAAGAUGGCACUUUAAAUAAGGCUGACAUUUACAGCAGCAAAUGUGUGAAAAAAUGGCCCUCACAAAGUCUCCAGGACCCUUCCCCUAUGGAAGAAGGAGAGCGUCUAUUUGAUCUUGACUGUUUCCUAUCAGACAUUUCAGACACACUCUUCACCAUGACACAGAACCCCUGGCUCUUUCAUGGAGAACAAGAAAAAACCUACACCACUAAUGCAGACAUCAUUCAGCCUGGACUAACACCUCUUCAGCCUAACGUAGACGAGUUUGUGGAUAUUUCAGAUAUCUUUAUGAAUAAUCGAAACCAACCACACAGCAAGACGGCUUUUCCUGGAUACUGCUGUUAUUCAGGCACUAACAGCAGUGAGUUCUGUCCUGCAGCUUCUUCGGUUCAAAUAGACUCCUUGCUAAUGGGAAACAGUCCUUUACAGGAAAAUGUCAACACUGAUGGCAUGUCUCACAGUCGAUACCACAGAGGUCCACUAAGCCCUGAAAUUUCUUAUGAACGGGAAGAUGUGAACACUGAGUUUAAAUAUAAAUCAGCCACUCAUUACAAGCAUUUGUAUGAUUUCCAUCCAAUGGGAGUGUUGCCAGAAUCCCCACUCUAUGGCCAUCAGCAAUCCAAGAGUGCCAACAAUGCAGUGCAAUCCACAUCCAAUGUUGCUGAUGCCUGCUUUUCGUCCUAUUCAGACCUUUUCCCAAAGUAUAGAUGCUCUUCAGGUGUCACCUCAUCAGUCAUCACUUACACAGGAACUACCUCUGCACCAACUCCUUGGACAUCUCACCAGUUGGUUUCCAGCUCCCACAACUUUGGUGUAUUCCCUCCAAUGACUCUUUCAUCUAUGUCUUUGUCAGAACCUUCUGUAUCUGCAGGAACCCCUUCAAAUCAAGGAACUUGUAGAUUUUCUGUUCCAGAAAGAAGAAGUCCAGCUUCUGGUGUCAAGUGUAAGCAAACAAUCCAAACUGGCAAGUCGGAAUAUGUACUCUCUCCAAGCAUAAUGGUACAGGGCAGUUGCUUGGCCAAACUGCUUUCAGAAGGUAAAUCAGCGACAAAUCCAGAUGCUUCAUUUUCUGAGGUUAAAACCCACUUGGCAGCAUUUCCAAAAUCACCAUCAGAAUCAAGUAAUUUGCUAUUCUCAUAUGGAGGAGGUUCAUCAUCCUGUGACAAAUCAGAUUCUACCCUGCCUUCGUUCACAAAUACCUCUUCUUUAAUUUCUCCAAUGGGUCAACGGAGCAGCCCUGUCCAUUAUGAGGCUCUCUCAGGUUCAAAGCCCAUCCCGAUUCCCAAGAAGGAAAAAACGCCUCCCAUUUCACCACAAAGUAACAAAUUGGAUUUUAUGACUUUACCAAAUGUACAAGAGAAACUACCUAGUCCCCAAGGACAACAUGGAUUCCUAAGUUUGAAUAAAGCUCAACACAUCAAGGGUGACUCCCGCAGAAUAACCCAUAUCUCUGCAGAACAAAAGCGCAGAUUUAACAUCAAGAUAGGAUUUGACACUCUUCAGGGUCUGGUGAGCACGCUCAGUUCUCCUUCUAGCAUUAAGAUAAGUAAAGCAGCUAUCUUGAAUAAGACAGCAGAGUACAUUGCAAAAAUGCAGCAGGAGAGAACCCAGAUACAAGAAGAGGCACAGCACCUGCGUAAUGAGAUUGUGAAACUGAAUUCAGCUAUUAAUGUUUGCCAGCAAAAGCUCCCAGCGACUGGGGUCCCAAUCACUCGGCAACGAUUUGACCACAUGAGGGAGAUGUUUGAUGAAUACGUCCGCACUCAGACAGUACAAAAUUGGAAGUUCUGGAUUUUCAGUAUCAUAUUCCGACCUCUUUUUGAGUCCUACAAUGGGAUGGUAUCCACUGGCAGUGUUGAUGACUUCUGCCGUACAGCAUUAGCCUGGCUGGAGCAGCAUUGCUCCCUCCCUGCUUUAAGGCCAACUGUGUUAAGUGCUCUACGUCAGCUCAGCACCUCCACGUCCAUUUUGACAGAUCCAAUGAUCGUACCAGAACAGGCUAUUCAAGCAGUAAAUGCCACCAGCUCCACCAAUGCCUGCUCCUAGCAAAUGAUCAGACCUUUCUGCAGGGACAGCAUUUCAGAAGACUGAAAAAUCAUCAAUGAGUCUCCACUGGAAAAUCUGCACAGCAAGAUUUUAACACUGGAAAGAAACCUUAGGGCUUUAUUGCACUUUCAAAAUGUAAAGCUCUUAACAGUUGUAAGCCAUUGUAAGAUCAAUGAAAGGUAGAGUUUUUGAUUUUGAGCUCAAGGUGGCUUUUGCAACAAACUAUAUAACCAUCCUCUUUUCCCAACCUAAUUCUGGAUAAAUGGCACUUCAGCCUAUAAAAGUACAAUCCUUUUUCAUAUUGUCAGAAGAAACACACUCACAUUCACAGAGUAAUACCAUGUUGUUCUGUAAAAGUGCAAAAAUAGUGACUGCUUUCAAAAUGAUCACUUUAAAAUGAAUAAAAUUUUGUUGUAACAU